CUGGAAACUUCAUUGCUGAAUGGGUUAUAUUGGAAUAAUAUGAAAAUUCGUUGGUCGACCAUAUAUUACGAAAGUCGACUUCUUGGAAGUCCAAGGAUUCGAAUGCUUAAAGUAAAUUAUCAUUACGAGACAGAAGAAAAAUCGAAAACGGCAGCUUAUUGGGGAAGAUUCGCGAUCUAUGGUGGCGGAGGAUUUGUGAAGUAUCUCACGAUGGAUGACCGUGAUGCGUCACUUAGGAUAAUCACAGAAUUAAAGCAAAAUCGUUGGAUUGGACGUGGAACACGAGCUAUUUUCAUCGAUUUUAUCUUAUACAACGCUAAUCUAAACUUAUUUUGCAUUGUUCAGUUAAUUAUGGAACUACCAGCGACAGGUGGAGUAUUUCCAAGUUCAGCAUUAUAUUCGCAAAGGCUUAUUCGUUAUGUAACUAAUUAUGAUUAUUUCGUAUUCGUUUGCGAAAUCAUAUUUUGUGCAUUUGUAAUUUAUUACGUGAUCGAGGAAAUUCUCGAACUAAUCAGAUGUCGCCUUGCGUAUUUCAGAACAUUUUGGAAUUGCCUUGAUCUCGUUUAUCUCAUUUCAUUUACUGUUAUAUAUUUCGAUAUUGUACUUUUUAUACUAACAAAAAAACGCUUAACGAAUAUAAUGAAUCAGUAUAAUGAAGAAAAUUAUAUAAAUCUGGAUGAAUUGGUGACCGCACAAAACAAUUUUAGUUAUAGCGUUGGAAUAUUUCUUAUAUUCGCCUGGAUUAAAAUAAUGAAAUACAUCAGUUUCAAUAAAACAAUGACUCAGUUAAGCGCGACAUUAGCUCGGUCUGCAAAGGAUAUCGGUGGAUUUUCGAUAAUGUUUUUCAUAUUUUUCUUUGCAUAUGCACAGUUUGGUUACCUCGUGCUCGGCACACAGAUGGCUGAUUACUCGACGCUUUUUCAUUCAGCAUUUGCAUUAUUUCGAACAAUUCUGGGUGAUUUUGAUUACGACGCAUUACGAAAAGCGGAUCGGUUUCUCGGACCAAUUUUCUUUUUCACUUACGUAUUUUUCGUUUUCUUCGUUCUGCUUAAUAUGUUCCUCGCAAUAAUUAACGAUUCAUACGUUGAAGUAAAAUCGGAAUUAGUAAAAGCGAAAAAUGAAGUAGAAAUGAUCGAUGUUCGAUCAACUAGAAAAUCUUUAAAAUUCUCUUCUUGCAAAAUUUAUUUGGGUUUUAGACAAGGUUUUACAAACGAGGAAAUAAGUGAAGCAUUCAUCAAAUAUGAUAUAAUUGAUCGAAAACUUGAAUUGGACGAAAUGCAACUUGUUGUAGAAGAACUGGAAAAAAAACAUGGAAUCACUCAAGAACAACCGAAAGAAACUGGAAAUUUCCGAGAUAUCAAUAUGUUGGUUUAA